UAAUUUGACAGUUAAAGCAGAAGGCUGCAUUCUAUAACAACAAAACAAGUACCUACUAUUUAUUUUCCUUUUUAUUAAUUAAUUAUUGUAAUAGUGCAAAGUGAUUAUUAUUUUUUAAACAAAUUCUAAAUGGCUGAUUACUUUUAUAAAUUGAAGGAGAGAGGACGAAUGUUAGAUGAUGGAAUUAAUAAUUUAAGUGAAAUUUGGAGUGCUCCGCAUAUUCAUAUUGGUGGGCACUUUAGAUAUGCAGUUAAUGCUGGCAAUAAAGAAAAUUUACAAGAAACUGCAAAAGCACAUGAAGCAACUGAAACGAUAUUAAAAACUGUCAUUGAAUUAAAAAAAAAUGUAGAAAAUGAUGUGACAGAAAGUAAAAAGAAUUUAGAGGAAAUGCGACAAUUUAUAAACGAUUCCAGGAGUAUAUGCGAUGAUUUAAUGCAACAAUGUUCGGAUAUAGAAACUCUUUUUGUUGAAAAUGGUUAUGUUUCACCAAAAGAGGAAGUAGAAAAUUUCAGCAAUUCUGAAUGUGAAAAUAUAAGUAUAAAAAAUUCUGAAAAUCCAUACGUGGAAUCAACGCCAUAUAUUCCGUGGAAAUCAAAAUUAAAACAAUUUGAUGCAUCAACGCCAACGGAAAGAAAAAUUAAAAAUGAAUUUGUAAAAGACGAAUUUUUAACUCCUUUAACACAAAUGCUUCAUACAAGUAGAAUAAGCAAAACAGCUAGACCAACUCCACCUGUUUUAUCUCGAUAUUGUAAGGAUUUGUAGAUAAAUUGAAUAUUUUUUAUUCUAGGGAUAUUGUAAAUAUUUAUAUAAUUGUAUUUUCAAUGUUAUUAAAAUAAAAUUUUAAUUUAAAAAAAUAUAA